CUAGUAAGUACUAGUUGUAAUUGCCUGCAGGUAAGUGCUCUCGUACUACGAGGGUGUAUCCUGUCUACCCCGCUAUAGAUCCACUAUUGCCCAUUAAGCAUGUGGCAGAGACGCGGGGUCCAUUAGCUACGCUCGCGGGUAGGACGCGUCAAGCUUCAUUUUGAUAUCGCCAACACACCUGGAGAAGAACACAGAUGAUAUCUACGUCUCCCAGACUCCAUCCACGAUCAACACCGCCGCAAUGGCACCUCCCACCAUCAUCGCACAUAAAUCCGCCUUCCUAGCAACCCAGACACUCCACCUAUCCCAAACCCUCGCGCCAUCCGCAACCUGGCGCGCAUCCAACGACACCGCAGAAGACGGGCUUUCAGCGCGCGCCGUCGACGACGCGCUUUACCGUCUCAACCACACCCUAACCCAACACGCGCGGCGCGUCUAUGCCCCUCAGGCGUCACGGUAUCUAGCCGAGCAGAUCGAGGGGCUAUUCUACGAGGAGGCAGACAGGGCACUCGCUGGUGAUGACGACGACGAGAACCCAUCUACAGGGAUUGAAAAGCAGCGAUUGAACUUGGGCGCAGAUUUGACAACCGACGAAGCGAUCGCCUCUCUCCCUCCGACAUGGGACAUCCACAAGCCGCGUGAGGCAGAGGCACACGCGCUCGAAGCGAAGCGCUACGCAGAGCAGAUGGCGGCACUGACGGAUCUCGCGGCGCGACGGGCCGAGGUGCGCGAGAGGGUUGUCCGGUUGCGGCGCAUGGCUGCGCUGCUUGCGCCAUUCGAUACAAAUACCAACAACAGCGCCGACGCCGACGACACCACGAUGCAAGACUCCACCCCUAUAUCUGCAGUGCAGGCGAAUCUAAUCACGCGCAACGGCGAAGUAGAGCGCGAGCUGGAGCGCAUGCGUCUCCUGCUCGCGCGCGUCGCGGGGCGGAUCGCGCAGUUACCUGAUAACAAAGGGAAAAACACGUCUUCUAAUGAUGCUGAUCAUGAGGAUUUUAUGGAUCUUGAUGCUCUUGAGCGAGACAAGGUUGAGAAAUUACUCGAUCGGUUAUGAGCUCGUGUUGGGUAUACUUUGGAGUUUUGGCUUGGUUCAUAAAAUAUGUCGAGCGUUAGCUUUUACUAGUAUAAGGAUGAUGAAGAGAGUUACCUGUACAUCAAGCGUUGGCGUUUUAGGGGGGGAGAAGACCUGAUUUCAUUCCACACGGCUGGGACGAUAUUAACAUUUGUGUUUACAUACAUGCAUACAUACUUUGUCUCUAGGCACAGUUCGUACUUCUUUAAGAAUAGAUAGAUACCCAAGAUCGAAUGAAUAUUACAUAUUUCAAA